GCCGCUCAAUUCUCAGAAUUUUGUGAUAUAUAUUAUUCUGCUAAUCUCUAUCAACGCUUCAACUCUUGUUUUAUUUCCAAUACCUACCCAAGUCUUUUUUAGCUGCAAUACAAUUAACAUAUCGCAACAAUUCUACUAACUGAAAAAUUUAUCAACUCCUAUCACUACUGACAAAAUGUCUAGUCCAAUCAAAGUUGUUUAUCCAGGCAAACAUAAUGACUUUAUCGCUUUUGCCGAUUCAAUAGAAGCUGUGGAAAAUUACAGAAAGAAUGAUGAUGGAUCCAUUCCUUUAUCAUCAGUCUCUUCCAAUUUCAAAAUUUACAACUCUUCUGUCCAUCGUGGCUCCUCUGGUGUUUUAGAAGAAGCUUCUAAUAUUGAAUUAGAAUCCGAAUUUGGCACCACUGAUGAAGACAAAAUUAUCAAAAUAAUUAUAAAAGAAGGAUCUUUUAAAACCUCCAAAAGCUUUAAAAGAAAAUCGUUUAGUUCUACCAAUGACACAAAAGGGUCGCUCUAUUAUUAAUAGGUAUCUUUAAAAUCUGAAAUUUUUAUUUACCUUUUAAUUAGUUUUCAAUAUAUUUUUAUUUUUCAG